ACACAUAGAAAGGUUCACUGAUACAGCCUAGGCUAAGAGAAAACCAACAAGUAGCUAGAAUGGUCAGUUUUUGCCAGGUGAUCAUCGUUUCAAUCUUUGUGUGUGUGCUCCUUCUCUUAGCUUUCAUCAAAAUCUUUCACAAACUAUGGUGGACUCCGACUCGCAUACAGAAUCUGAUGGCUUUGCAAGGAAUCAGAGGCCCUUCUUACAGAUUUGUCCAUGGAAACACCAGAGAAAUCAACAACAUGAGAAAGGAAGCUAUGAGCACACCCAAGAGUUUAUCACACAACAUAUUUCCUGAAGUUCAUCCUCAUAUUCAUUCAUGGACCAAGAAUUAUGGCAAAACUUAUCUUCAGUGGCAUGGUGCUAAAGCACAGUUGGUGACCAUGGAACCUGAGCUGUGCAAAGAGAUACUCAAUGGAGCUUUUCCAAAAACGGAGACCAAACGUUUUGUAAAGAAGCUGUUAGGAGAUGGACUCACACGAUCCGAAGGUGAAAAAUGGGUAAAAAUGCGAAAACUGGCCAACCAUGCCUUCCAUGGAGAGAACUUAAAGACUAUGAUUCCAGCGAUGAUUACUAGUGCUGAGACGAUGCUUGAAAGGUGGACAAAUCAUAAUGGGAAAGAGAUUGAGGUGUUUGAAGAGUUUAGGUUGUUCACUUCAGAAGUGAUUUCUAGGACAGCAUUUGGAAGCAGCUAUAUAGAAGGAAAACAGAUUUUUGAGAUGUUGAUAAAGAUGGGAUUCUUAACAUUCAAAAAUGCUUUCAACCUCAGGUUUCCUGGCAUCAGCAAAAUCUAUAAAACCAGCGAUGAGAUUGAAUCAGACAAGCUUGAAAAAGGAAUACGGGACUCCAUAAUAGAGAUUGUUAAGAAAAGAGAAGACAAGGCAAUGAGUGGACAAGAAGACUACUUUGGGAGUGAUUUUCUUGGAUUACUGUUGAAGGCUCAUCAUGAUUCCAAUGAGAAGCAGAGGAUUUCGAUGGAUGAUUUAGUCGAUGAAUGCAAAGCGUUUUACUUUGCUGGACAAGAAACUAGUACUAGUUUGCUUGCUUGGACUGUCUUUCUUCUGGCCCUCCAUACUGAUUGGCAAGAAGAAGCAAGAAAUGAAGUCCUACAGUUAUUUGGCAAACAGACACCAAACCCUGAUGGCUUUUCCAAACUGAAAACAAUGAGUAUGAUCAUCAAUGAAUCUCUAAGGCUAUAUCCUCCUGUUCUUGCCAUGGAGAGGAGAGUUGAAAAGGAAGUUAGACUGGGAAACGUCAUCAUUCCUGCUAAUGUUGAACUGCAUGUCUCAAGUCUAGCACUUCACCAUGAGCCUCAAUUCUGGGGACAAGACGUGCAACUUUUCAAGCCAGAGAGAUUCUCAGAAGGGAUUGUUAAGGCUACUGGGAAUAAUAUAGUCGCAUUCUUACCAUUUGGAAUGGGGCCUCGAACUUGUGUAGGCUUCAACUUUGCCACCAUUGAAGUAAAGAUUGCUCUUUCAAUGAUUCUACAACGCUACUCGUUCACCCUUUCACCGGGUUAUGUUCACUCUCCCUUUCAUUUUCUUACACUUCGUCCACAGCAUGGAGUUCAAGUACUGCUACACUCCCUGUGAACUAUGAAUUGCUCGAAAAUCUUGCACUUGGCCUAUUGAGUACCUAGAAUUGCUUGUGCAUUUGGCGUAUCAUGUGAAUA